UACGCGCUGCAGUGGAAAUGCGCCAUAACUGAUGAGCUGUUUGUUUUUGUCUACAGGCUGUGCAGGAGUCCGAUUUGCCCACACAGAUGUCAGGGUACCGGACUUCACUGACUAUAGGCGUCCAGAGGUGCAGGACCCAGGCAAGUCCUCCCAGGAGAGCGGUGAGUCCAGGAGAACCUUCUCGUACCUUGUCACCGGCGCCUCAACCGUAGUGGGGGUCUACGCUGCCAAGACAGUGGUCAGUCAGUUUGUGUCUUCAAUGAGCGCCUCUGCUGACGUCCUGGCCCUGUCCAAGAUUGAAGUGAAGCUGAGCGACAUCCCCGAGGGCAAGAACAUGACCUUCAAGUGGAGAGGCAAGCCACUCUUCGUCCGUCACCGCACAGAAAAGGAGAUCGCCGCCGAAGCCGAGGUGAACGUGGCAGAGCUGCGAGACCCUCAGCACGACAAGGACAGGGUACUCAACCCCAAAUGGGUCAUCGUCCUCGGGGUGUGCACACAUCUGGGCUGUGUGCCCAUCGCAAAUGCUGGCGACUACGGAGGUUACUACUGCCCGUGCCACGGCUCUCACUACGAUGCCUCAGGUCGCAUCAGGAAAGGCCCCGCCCCCCUGAACCUGGAGGUUCCAUACUAUGAGUUUGCAGACGACGACAAUGUGGUCGUUGGAUAAAUAACAUUCCCCCCCUUAAAUAUGGUGUUUGAGUCACAGGUGAACACUGAGAAGAUGCUAUCCUUCCUGCUGUGCUCGCCAGUGAAUGUCAUGAGGACAUGAAAUAAGAAACACCUGCCUAUCUUAAGUUAUAGUCCAUCUAAUUAGAAAAGAACAGAUGUUGUGUUCAGGUCUGUUUUAAUAAAGAUUUCUAUUUUAUUUGACACCUUGUGUUCAGUGUUUAACAUUGUCUUGCUUGAAAUGAUAACCUUGCUUAAAAUAGUCACAAGUUAUAUCUACUGAUUGCCAUCGCAUACUAGCGCAGGAGUCUGGUGGUUCAUGGUGUAGAGACAGGAACUGUUUCAUUUAAAGUCCUGUUAUGUAGAAAUUAUGUGUGAGUCUUGAUAUUGCAGGAUUCUUAAUUCUCCACACACAUGCAGGUUUCGCUGCAAGGAGAAAUAAUAGUCAGCACUGCAUCAACCAACUUGGGUUAAAAUAAAGGGUACUUGUACUGUACAGAGAUUGA